AUGGACCGCUGGCCCUCGGUCGCCGACUGCCUCCGGGACUGGGGGGAGCUGCAGGACGGCUUCCAGCUCGUGCAGGCAAACUCACAAGCAAUACAACAGAAGCUGGAAGAACUGACAAAGCUGCAAGGCAGCAUCUCCAGCUCCAUUUCACGACAGAAAAAGCAACUGAAAGAGCUCUCUCUGACUCUCAGGAAGUGCAAAUCUCUUCCUGACAAGGAGCAGGAUGAAGAUGCUCUUGAAGAACUCCAAAACAUGAUCAAAGAGAGACAGGAUGUCUUUUUUGAAAUGGAAUCAUACUUGCCAAAGAAGAACGGGUUGUACCUGAGUCUCGUGCUGGGAAAUGUGAAUGUCACUCUGCUGAGCAAGCAUGCCAAGUUUGCAUAUAAGGAUGAGUACGAGAAGUUCAAGCUUUACCUCACCAUCAUUUUGCUCAUCAUCUCCUUCACCUGCCGCUUCCUCCUUAACUCCAGGGUAACUGAUGCUGUCUUCAAUUUUCUCCUGGUCUGGUAUUACUGCACGCUGACAAUUCGAGAGAGCAUCUUGAUCAACAAUGGUUCUAAGAUUAAAGGCUGGUGGGUUUUUCAUCACUACAUUUCCACCUUCCUCUCGGGUGUCAUGCUGACUUGGCCAGAUGGCCUUAUGUACCAGAAGUUCAGGAACCAGUUCCUCACAUUCUCCAUGUAUCAGAGCUUUGUCCAGUUUCUUCAAUAUUAUUACCAGAGUGGUUGCCUGUACCGUUUGAGGGCUCUGGGUGAACGACACACCAUGGAUCUCACUGUAGAAGGUUUCCAGUCUUGGAUGUGGAGAGGCCUCACUUUCCUGCUUCCAUUCCUCUUCUUUGGCCAAUUCUGGCAACUGUUCAAUGCCAUCACACUCUUCCAAUUGGCCAGGCAUCCAGAAUGCAAAGAAUGGCAGGUCCUGAUGUGUGCCCUCCCCUUCCUCACUCUCUUUACUGGCAACUUCUUCACCACAUUGCGAGUUGUUCAUCAGAAAUUCCAGAAUAAGACCAAGAAGGAAUGAGCCUUCAAGUGCCUGUCCCCCUUCCUGGCUAUCACUGUUGGUGGGAGCACUGCUACUCUGCUGACGGAAGGAUCCACAGUACGCUGGGCGUUCUCCUCCUCCUCCUCCUCUCCCUCCCUGUGAUUCUCUUGCAUACAGAUGUCAAUGAAGCCACGUCCAAAUAGUGCUUCUGCCACCAACAUGAGGCCUUGAGGCCUGCCUGCUGCCAAAAGGAACUCUGCAUUUAAAUCAGGUGUUGAGAUUCAAGGAUUAGGGUAAAGUACUGUAUGAAGAACUCAAGUGACUUGUGGAUACAAUUCCCAGCUGACACCUGCACGGUUUUGGUACCCUUCCUCCAAAGCAGGGGGCUGAUAAUUCCCAGAGCCUGUCUGUCCCAAACUGAAUAG